AAGAGUCCCCACUGCGCAGACACGGAAGUGAGUUCAGAGUCCAAACCGUCCGAACUCGGAUCCACUGAGACAAUGAACAGGUUGAGGAUCAUAUCGGGUCACCUGACACCGGCCGGUUCCCCCGACCGGGACCGGGACCGGGACCGGCUCCUACGGGCGACCGGCUGCGGGUCUGCAGCGGGGGGCAGCGGACCGGAAGACGUGGUGGUGGUCCACGGAGUCCGAACCGGGAUCGGGAGAGCAAAGAGGGGGGGGUUAAAGGACACGACCCCGGACGAGCUGCUGAGCGCGGUGAUGACAGCUGUGCUGACAGAUGUUGGACUCUCGCCGGACAAACUGGGCGACGUCUGCGUGGGUAACGUGCUGCAGCCGGGCGCGGGCGCUCUGAUGGCCAGAGUGGCUCUCUUCCUGAGUGGGUUUCCAGAGACGGUCCCCGUGUACACCGUGAACAGGCAGUGCUCCUCCGGCCUGCAGGCUCUGUUCAAUGUAGCAGGAGCCAUCAGGAGCGGAUCCAUUGAUCUGGGCCUCGCCUGUGGUGUGGAGAGCAUGUCUCUGCGUUCUGUAGGUAAUCCAGGAGAUCUGAGCUCCAGGCUGACGGACAACGAUAAGGCCAGAGACUGCUUCAUCCCGAUGGGCAUCACGUCGGAGAACGUCGCUGAGAGAUUCGGAGUCUCCAGAGAAAAACAGGACGCCUUCGCUCUCAGCUCGCAACUAAAAGCAGCGCGGGCGCAGAGCUCGGGUCUGUUCGAGCAGGAGAUCGUUCCCGUCACCACCAAGGUUAUAGACGACAGCGGUAAAGAGCGCGAGGUGACCGUCGCUAAGGACGAGGGGAUCAGAGCGGGAACGACCAUGGCGGGACUCAGUAAGCUCCGGCCGGCGUUCAAACCUGACGGCAGCACCACGGCAGGUAACUCCAGCCAGGUGAGUGACGGAGCGGCGGCCGUGCUGGUCGGUCGCAGGUCAGCGGUCGAAGCUCUGGGUCUGCCGGUCCUGGGGGUCCUGAGGGCCAGCGCAGUGGUGGGGGUCCCUCCUGACGUUAUGGGUAUUGGACCAGCGUUCGCCAUCCCUGCGGCUCUGGAGCAGGCCGGUCUGACUGUGUCCGAUAUCGACGUGUUUGAAAUCAACGAGGCCUUUGCCAGUCAGGCGGUGUACUGCGUGGAGAAGCUGGGAAUCCCUCCGGAGAAGGUGAAUCCCAACGGAGGAGCCAUCGCUCUGGGUCACCCUCUGGGCUGCACUGGAGCUCGACAGGUGGUGACGCUGCUCAACGAGCUCCGACGCCGAGGACGCAGGGCGUAUGGCGUCGUGUCCAUGUGCAUCGGCACCGGGAUGGGAGCCGCUGCCGUGUUCGAAUACCCGGGACCAUAGGAGCAGACCACAGACCACAGACCCUGUUACUGUGAUUAAAAGCCCCUUUCAGACAUGACGGAUAAUCUUUACACUUUCUACAAGAACCAGUAACUUUGCUUUAAAUGCUUUCUCAGGUAGUUGGAGCAGAAAGAGUCACAAUGUUCCUCCAUCUUAAAACAACAGUCGGGUGGUUUUCAGGGUUUUGUUGCUUCCUCUUGUUCAUAAGCAGGAAUUAAACUUUCUGCAUGAUAUAAAUGUCGUCACCUGACUCCAAUAUGAACGAUUACAGCCAGAAAAACCUGUUUGUGUUCGUUCGGACACCUGGCUGUUAACAGCAGUAAGAUCUGUCUGCUCUGAAGCUGAAUGUAGUUAGCACAUUAAUAACGCUACUUAAUGAGCCUUGUAACAGAUAAUAACCUUCCAGGUCUGAAAGGGGCUGCAGAGAUCAAGUGUUACGUUAAUCUCCCACUGAACUAAUGCUGCUGUACUUUAGCUGUUAAUGAUGAUAUAGAUAAUUAUAAUAAUACUUGUGUAGAAGUGCCUUUGACUUCCUGAUUCAUCCCGCUUCAGUCGCAGUCUCUCUGUGUUUGUUGUGGUUUAGUUUCAGUCCUCAACUGUCACAUCAAUUAAAGCAAGAGGCUUUUAUUGUGAAGCAGCUGUAGGACUUUGAAAUAUUGCAGGUAGCUGUCAGAUGAAAUGUAAAGAAACACAUUUGUGCCACGCUGGCACGUCUCCACUCAGUAAUCAGGAAGUUGUGUGUAAAGAUAAAGUAUUUGAGGAUGUUCUGAAUGAGUUACGUCAAAUCUAAGGACCAAUCCAAACCACUGUUUGAUCGGCAGGUAACGGACCUCGUGCAAGAACAUUUUCAGAUCCAAACCCUCCUGCUCGUAUGAGUUGGAUAAUAUAAAUGUAUUAAUAUAAAUGUUAAUGAAGUUAUUUGUUUAGUGAAAGCAGCCUUUUGAGGACUUUUUGCAGUCAUUUUCAUUCCAGCUCAGAUAUUCACUCUACCGGCUACAACAUCAGUAAUCUGUCAGGUCUUCCCUGUAAGAUCAAUGUUGUUCUAAUAAGAAUCGGUCGGGCUGCAGCAUCUACCCCCUGAACCUGCCAGAUAACGCUGCCUCUCCCGCUCAGUUUGAUAUCUUUGUUUCAUUCACAAAGAUAUUAAAGAGACUCUGCGGUCUUUGUUCAGAAUAUUUGUUUUAAUAUGAACAGUACAGCUGCCAUCAGAGCGCAGAGAUAAAGUUCCUCCCAGUGCGAUCUGCUCUGUGCUGUUUGUGCGAGGGGGGGUCACAGUUUCCGUCCCAAGAACCGACCCGUUGUUGCAUGAGGUCCGAUCAAUCACUGCUACCAUGUGCAAUGACUCUGAAAUAACUGUAGAGCUUCGUAAAUCUGAUCUUCUGUUUCAAAAUAAAACAUUUCAACAUGA